UACUUAAGCGCGCUGAUGCAACUAGACUCGAGAUCUUUCAGACAAGGAAGGAGUCGCGAGCGGCGUCGAGUACACGGAUUAUUAUCAACACAAACACGAGUGAUGAUGCCGACUCUGUCUCCGUUUGCGGGUUUUCCUGCCUCCACGCUGAGCGAGCAGCUCAAACUGGCCGGGAUUUUAAGCCUGCAGGCCACCAUGACCCCCAGCGAGCUCACACAGACGGGCAAGAGACCACUCAGCCUUCUGCAGAGCGAGAUGGCUGAUGAGGAAGAGCGGAGGAAGAGGAGGAGAGAGAAGAAUAAAGUCGCAGCGGCACGUUGUCGCAACAAGAAGAAGGAGAGAACCGACUUCCUCCAAAAAGAGUCGGAGCGGUUGGAGGUAGUAAACACCGAGCUGAAGUCUCAGAUCGAGGAACUGAAGCAGGAACGUCAGCGUCUCAUCCACAUGCUCAACCGCCACCGUCCCACCUGCAUCGUCCGCAGGGACAGCAUCCAGUCCCCCGAGAGCGAGAAGAACCCGCUGCUGGAGCACAUCUCGGCUUCGUGAGACGCUCUGGAGACCUGAGGAGGAUGGAGUGGCGAUUUCACCCUCAAACCAGAUCACUUCUUGUGUUUGUGGAAUUUCUAGAGACUAGACACUCUCUGGAAGCUAGUAGUUUUGUCCUGAAAAGCAGAAAGUUGCCCAAGUAACACGACGUCUUGCCUAUCAGAGCUGAAUAAGUUCGAGACUUUGAGAUGGACGUGAGGAUAUUGAGAGGGGUUUUUUUUUUUUUUUUUUUU